AUGUCGGGCGAGCCAGAGAAAUCGCCUUCAAGCCACCAUGGCUCCGAAUCAGCCACUACCCCCGAGGCGGAGAAGCAGGCUGAGGGCGGCAUCAAAGACUAUUUUCGCAUCUUUCGGUACGCCGACGGCCUCGAUUGGGGACUGAAUGCCAUAGCAUGUUCCUUCGCCGUUGCCUCUGGCGCGGCAUUCCCCUUGAUGUCCCUGGUCUUUGGGACCUUUACCACCAAGUUUAACAAUUUCGCCAGUGGUGCGUCGACACCACAGCAGUUCAAGGACGAUGUCGACCAUUUUGUCCUUUGGUUCAUCUACCUCUUCAUCGGCAAACUUGGGGCGACCUAUAUCGCCACGGGAGCCAUCAGCAUCUCUGCAACACGGACGACCCGUUCUUUUCGUAAGGCGUUUCUUGAAGCGACUCUACGGCAGGAGAUCUGGCAUUUCGACCGUCAGACCAAUGGCGCGACGGCCACCCAGGUCACCACCAACGGGAAUCGCGUUCAGACCGGCAUUGCAGAGAAGUUGGUCUUUGUGAUUCAAGGGCUUUCCAUGUUUUUGGCCUCCUUCGUCGUGGCUUUGGCGAGGCAGUGGAAACUGGCGUUGAUCACCAUGUCCGUGAUCCCUGCCAUUUUCAUCGUCACCGGUAUUUGCAUAGCGAUCGACGCGGUGCAGGAGGCCAGAGUGAUCCGGAUCUACUCGCGAGCAGCGGUCCUAGCUGAGGAGGUAUUGUCGUCCAUCCGAACAGUCCACGCCUUCUACGCACAGAAGAAAAUGGUUCAAAGAUACGACACCUUCCUGCAAGAAGCGCACAAGGAAGGGAAUAAGAAGUCUCCCAAUUAUGGUGUUCUUUUCUCCACCCAGUACUUCUGUGUGUAUUCGGCGAUUGCCCUCUCGUUCUGGCAGGGAUUCAGAAUGUAUCGGAGCGGCGAAAUUGCCAACGUGGGCGAGGUCUUUACGGUUGUGCUGUCGGUAACCAUUGCUGCAACGGCGAUUUCGAGCAUUGCGCCACAAAUUCAGGCUGUCACCAAUGCCUCGUCAGCUGCUUCAGAACUGUUCAGCAUCAUCGACAAGCCAUCACUGCUGGACCCUCUCGACCCUGCCGGCGCCCGGCCAUCCUCAUGUCGAGGCGACAUCGAGAUCAAGGGCUUAGACUUUGCUUACCCAUCCCGCCCAGCGGCUCAGGUCCUGCGUGAAUUGACCAUCAGCAUUCCUGCCGGCAAGACUACGGCUCUAGUUGGCGCGUCGGGCUGUGGGAAGAGCACGCUGAUUGGUCUUCUCGAACGGUGGUAUCUGCCCACCGCAGGCCAUAUUACCCUUGACGGAUUAGACUUGGACAAAUACAACGUCAAAUGGUUGAGAAGCCAGGUUCGUCUUGUGCAACAAGAGCCAGUGUUAUUCCGCGGAACGGUGUUUGAGAACGUCGCCAAAGGGUUUCUCGAUGAGCAACGAAAAUACCCCCGCGAACAACAGAUGGCACUGGUUCGAGAAGCCUGCAAAGCAAGCAACGCCGAUGACUUUAUCAAUGAACUCCCUCAAGGCUACGAGACUCAGGUGGGUGAGCGAGCUGGAACGCUCAGCGGAGGCCAACGACAGCGGAUUGCCAUUGCUCGCAGCAUCGUGUCAGACCCAAGGAUCCUUCUUCUCGACGAAGCCACAAGUGCUCUCGACCCGAAAGCUGAACGGCUCGUGCAGGAUGCGCUGAACCGAGUGUCAGAGAACCGCACGACGCUGGUCAUUGCACACAAAUUGGCCACUGUGAAGGCCGCCGACAAUAUCGCCGUCAUGUCCUAUGGACGGAUCGUCGAACAAGGUACCCACCAACAGUUGAUCGAUCUCGACGGUCACUACGCAGGGCUGGUGCGAGCUCAAGAUCUUGGGGCCGCGGAACAGCACGAGUCAAGCAAGCUUUUGAGCGAGAAACAGGCGCUUGAUGUGAACGGAGAACGACUCACGCUCCAACGGACCGUCACCACUGCGACAUCCGAGGGAGGCGGCGCAGAGAGAAGGACCAAGCCCGUUGGCACUCUCGAAUAUUCGCUCUUGCGGUGCAUUUUCAUCAUGUUUUAUGAGCAGAAGUCGUUGUACUGGUGCUUCGUGGUGUCGACCGUGGCCAGCCUCAUUGGCGGUGGCAUGUACCCAGCCCAGGCUGUUCUUUUCUCCAGGCUCCUGACUGUCUUUCAGUUGACCGGCAAGCAAGCCCAAGACCGAGCAGAUUUCUAUUCGUUGAUGUUUUUUGUGCUCGCGCUCGCCAACCUGGCGGCAUAUUUCACCAUCGGGUGGAUAUGUAACAUCAUUGGACAGACCGUCACGCACCGUUAUCGCGCAGAAAUGUUCGAACGUGUGCUCGACCAGGACAUUGAGUUCUUUGACAUCCCCGACAACACGUCGGGUGCCUUGACCUCGAAGCUCUCCACCCUUCCGAACCAACUACAAGAGCUGGUAGCGUUCAACAUCCUCCUCAUCUUCAUCGUAUUGGUCAACGUUGUGUCGAGCAGCAUUUUAGCUUUGGCUUAUGGUUGGAAACUGGGUCUGGUCGUUGUGUUUGGGGCGCUCCCACCACUGCUGCUGUCUGGCUAUCUUCGAAUACGGCUGGAAACGAAGCUUGAGGCGCAGGUUUCGGACCAAUUUGCAGAGAGUGCCGGGCUGGCCAACGAGGCUGUCUCGUCGAUCAGAACGGUGGCUUCCCUAACACUCGAAGGCCAUGUCUUGAAUGAAUACUCGCAAAUGCUCAGCAAUAUCGUGCUGAAGUCGACACGGGCAUUGACAUGGACAAUGUUCUGGUUUUCUCUGUCGCAGUCGAUCGUGUUCCUGGCCAUGGCACUCGGUUUUUGGUAUGGGAGUCGUCUGUUGGCGUCAGGCGAGUACAACACCGGACAGUUCUAUACUAUCUUUGUGGGUGUACUGUUCGCGGGCCAAGCGGCAGGUGACUUCUUUGGGUAUACUACGUCCAUCACCAAAGCACGAAGCGCCGCAAACUACAUCCUCUGGCUGAGGACGUUGCAGCCGACGAUCCGGGAAACGGACACCAACAAAGAUAGUGGACCUGAAGGAGAUGGACCAGUUGAUUUGGAGGAUGUCGAGUUCCGCUACCGACAAAGAGAGACGUCACGGGUCAUUCGCGGCAUCUCCAUGAGCAUCAAACCGGGGCAAUUUGCCGCCUUCGUGGGGGCAUCCGGCUGCGGUAAGUCCACGCUGGUCGCUCUCCUCGAGAGGUUCUACGAUCCCACCUCGGGUCGAAUCUGUUUCUCUCACAAGGACAUUGCGGCCAUGUCACCGCGGCUGUACCGCGGCCACAUGUCUCUGGUGCAACAAGAACCCACCUUGUACCAGGGCUCUGUGAAAGAGAACGUUUCGCUCGGCCUCGACUUCGAGCCCUCGGAGGAACAGAUCCGGGAAGCAUGUCGGAAAGCAAACGCCCUGGAUUUUGUGAUUUCUCUGCCUGAGGGGUUUGACACGCCGUGCGGCUCUCGGGGGACGCAGCUGUCGGGCGGACAGAGACAGCGCAUCGCCAUCGCGAGGGCCCUAAUCCGGAAUCCCAAACUCCUCUUACUCGACGAGGCCACCAGUGCUUUGGACACCUUGUCCGAGCGGCUGGUGCAAGCCGCCCUGGACGAGGCCGCCAUGGCCCGGACGACUAUUGCCGUGGCGCACCGACUGUCGACCAUCCGCGAGGCUGACGUGAUAUUUGUGAUUGCACACGGGAAGAUCGCGGAGAUGGGCACACACACAGAGUUGCAGCAGUUGAAGGGCCGCUACUAUGAGAUGUGUUUGGCGCAGUCCUUGGACCGGGCAUAG